AUGCGCAAUGGUUUUAGGCGUAUCGCCAAAAUCAAGGACGACGCAUCGUUGCAAGGGUUGUAUUUCCUCCCAAGUUCGACAUAUAUUGAUUUGUAUGUAGAUUUGGAGGUGGCGGGUACUUCUAGGUCCCAUUUGGAAGUAGGGACAAGUAGUGGUAGGCCGAAUGUGGAGAUUGUCGAUUACAUGAAAGAUGAUGAUGUGAGUGGACCGUUUAUGGAGGAUGGCGAUCACAUGGAAUAUAAUCACGGUGAAGAUGAUGAGGACUACACAUCGAUAAGUGAUCAAAGCGAUGAAAACCAAUCAAUAUCCGAAGGAAGUCAGGAGAGUGAUGAAGAGGUCGAAGACAAAUUCGCCACAAAGGACAGGCACAUAUAUCGUUCACAGGGUACAUGGGAUCAUACAAAAGUGGACAAGGAUGAUUUUCAACUUACCAUGUGGGACGGGACAACCGCAACAAUUGGGAUAGGGACUUGUUUCAAGAAUAAGGAAGAAACAAAAAAUGGUAUUGCAGCGUGGAACAUAGAGCAAAAGAGAGAGUUUUAUGUGAAGGAAAGUGAUGGUUCAACAUGGUAUAUUUGGUGCAAAUCCCUAAAAGAGUCAACCCCUAAGGGUUAUGUUCCUUGCUGUUGGAAGGUACGUGCCUCCUUGAGAGACCACGGUUUGUGGGAGAUUGUGAAAUGGGUGCCCGAGCACAAUUGUAUGAAUGUCACCGAGAAAAAUAAUAAUCGGAAUGUGAGCGCAACGCUUAUUGCGCAUCUCAUAAGGCAUAGGGUUGAGUUGGACCCAGAUUAUGAAGUGAAGCUCGUUCAGGAAGAAGUGAAAGACCGUAUGCAUGUCGAUGUUCCUUACCACAGGGCAUGGGAGGGAAGGAGAAAAGCUAUCGAUCUUGUUUACGGCGACUGGUUUCCAAUUUUGACAUACUUCCAAGAACUAAGGAAUGAGCUACGUGAUUUUAGCAAUGAUGCUUAUUUGUAUCUCGAGGAGAUUGAUGCUUGUCAGUGGACUCUUGCCAAAGACAAACACUAUCGUUGGGGUAACCAGACAACGAACAUUUUUGAGAGCUAUGAUGAUUGGGUGCAAAAACACACUGAGUCUUCAAAUCUCAGUGACAUAUAUCAUCUCGUUGAUGCAGCCUUACGGGAAAAUCCAAGCCUCGGUGGUAGUCUAGAAGAUAAACUCUUCCAAAUCUUCGACAAGAGUUUCAGUGCCCUGACUUUGGGCCCACGUGAUAUGAGCACUCAGUCCGAUACUCAAGUCCUUCAGAAAAGACCCCCAAAGUCAAGUCAAAAUGUGGUGCUCACGCAGAAAACAACAUCGAAGCCUACUGAAGGAGGAAGGAGGAAGCGACCGGGAAUUUCAGAUCGAACAAUCAUAGUUCAUCCCAAUCCAACUCCGAUGCAAGAAGAUGAUGAAAAUGAUAAAGGCAAUGAAAGCGAUGAGGAUUACUACAUUAGGGGCGAAGAAGAAGAAGAAGAAGAAGAAGAGUUCUCUCCACCUCGUGUUUCUUCCCAAAAGAAAAAGAAAACGGUCGAGGUUCGCAAGAGUGAUAGGAUUAGUAAACCGGCCAAGAAGUAUACUCCCGGCGACGGGGCUAUAAGGAAGAAAAGGUCGUCAAAUGAAAAACUGAAUUCUAAUUCCAAACGAAGUAACAACCUUGACAUAGAUAACAAGAGCAUCGCAUCCGAAGAUAAAGAUGUGCACUAUUCCAAUGAAGAUACUGCGCAUCCUGUAGUCAUUAAACUGUCACGAGCAUUGCCAUGUCAGGAUACUUUGCCUACUCAUUUCUUCCAAACAUAUGCAAUGACAGAGAUGUAUUCCAGAGAGUCUAUUGUUCAAGAUGCCUUAGAUGAGCUCCACUCCAUCAGCCAAAAAUUAUCUGGUUUAUUCCCAGAUAGCGGACUUAAUUAUCUGCGGCAGUUGUUGGAAUUGGGGAGAUGGUUUUAUUUGUUGGGAAGAAAGUGGGGCGAUGAACAAGAUGUGCGCUGGGAAACUGCAGUGUGUACAGUGGAGGACACUCUUCACAGACAUUCCCUGGAAAUUCUGUUUCUUUGUCUCACGUUGAAGGAGAAAUUGCUGAGGGUUGAUGAUUCUGAUGAGAGAUGGGAUGAUUCUGAUGAUGUGCUUCAAAAUUUUCUUGGGAGAAUUAUUCGCUCACUGAUACCAAGAAUUGAGGAAUUGGAAGGAAUGUUGGGGACAGAUCUCACAUUGCAAACAAGAUCUUCUUCUCGAACAGAUGUGAAGCAACUGCUGGACAGCGUCGAUUUCAUUCUUCACACUUUGCAGAAUGUUGAAUCUCGCAGUGCCUGCGCAAAUGAAACCGUAACGUUCACGAAGAACUUCAUUCGCUUUGCUACGCUUCACGGACUUGAGGAUAGGCAAAUCAUCGGAGAUCUCUUGACUCACUUUGAACGGGUAUUUAUUCAAUCUGCAGUCCUACUUUUUGAUGUUUGCGUUCUACGUGGUUAUCUUUCAGUAAAUUCUCGUCGUAAACUUCUGAGAAUAAUUGAGCCAGUUGAGUCGCGUGUUUGUGAGAUUUAUGUUGAUGUCUUGCAAGAUGUUUCAAAGUUUUCAGGGUCCUCCUUCCAUCCCACUAAAGAAACUCAUGCUUUGGUGUUUAGAGACUUUGUGGAUUCUCUCAUUUUUCUGAUUUUGAACCUUUUCUUCCGUGAUUGCAUUUUUGUGGACAUGUUUCACCACGAAAUGCAUAAAGUGCAUGAGGGACUCUCAUUCUUGAGAACCACUCUAUCAGAGCACCAUGACAAGCUUGAUGACCUCAUUAGACCUUUGAUUUGUGAGGCAGGCAUCCUAAUUUUUCAUCUCUAUCAAGAAAAUGGAGAACAAAGAGGAAGGUUGAUUGCAAAAUUAGAGCUCCUUUUUUCCAAUUUCGAGACAAAACUCCAAAUUCUCAAGGCUGCAGAAGAAGACGCGCCAAGGUUUCCACCAACAUCAGCAUAUCCCCAAACAAACUUGUUGGGUUUUAUUGACUCUGUCUUGGAAAAAAUAAAGUCAUUCGUGAUUCAAGUUUCUUCAGAAAAGGAUAAGUUCCGAGCCCUCCACGAUGAUCUUACGGUUUUAAGAUCUUUUGUAGUCCAUGAUAAUGGGAUGGCGAUCCAAGAUCUCUCGAGUCGCGUUGCAGCGGUAGCUUAUGACACGGAGUUUGUACUUGAUUCUUUGGUUGUUGCUGGUAAACCACUCCAGACGAGCCUUAUUGUGCUGCUUGAUGUUAUCAUAACAGAGAUUGAGCUUAUUAAGACUCAGGUCUCGGAGAUUCCUUGGAGUAUGGAGCCAACCAUUGCAGUUCAAAAGAUUAGUCAAGCUAACCUUAAGAUGUCACCAGCAGUUGGUAAGAUCCCAGAUUCCAAUGACAGAGUGGUGGGCUUGGAUGACGAGGCAAAAAUCAUCAUCAAUAGACUCACUAGAGGGACAAAAAAGUUAGAUGUGGUCUCGAUUGUGGGCAUGGCCGGAUUAGGUAAAACUAGUUUGGCCAAGAAAGUUUAUCAUCAUUCCCACAUCUCUCAUCACUUCCAGGCUCGCUCUUGGGUCACCGUGUCUCAAGAAUACAACACAAAAGGUUUGUUGAUUGGGAUUUUAAGCGGUCUGGACCAAAAUUUAACUGGAGAGUAUAUAAAUAUGAGGGAAGAUGAUUUGGCUGAAAGACUCCGUAAACGGUUGAAGGGAAUCAGGUAUCUUAUCAUCUUGGAUGAUAUUUGGGAUACUCAAGUAUGUAAUAGUUUGAAAAUGUCAUUCCCAGACGAUGAUAAGGGUAACAGAAUUCUCCUAACCACUCGACAGGAGACUAUUCGUUUGGAAAUCAAUCCACACUCUGAACCUCACCGUCUUCGUGCACUAAAUGAUGAUGAGAGUUGGGAGUUAUUUCGGAAGAAGAUGUGCUUUGACCAAAGCUGUCCAUCGGAAGAAGUAAUUGCUCGUGCCAAGACAAUAGCAAAAUCCUGCAAGGGAUUGCCGCUGAUGAUUUUAAUUGUUGCAGGAUUUCUCGCUAAUACAGAGCCAAGUAAGUGGGAAGAAGUUGAAGAAAUGCUAAAAACAGCUAUUGGAAGGCUACCAAAUCUUGAAGCUCUCCGGUUGUAUGAGAAUGAAUACAAGGGGGAAAAUUGGGACAUUGAAGAAGAAGGCACAUUCCCCAAACUCAGUGUGUUGGAAUUAGGCAGGAUGACCAGUUUGGAGAGAUGGACAACGGCUUCAGAUGACGACUUCCCAUCUAUUAAGACAUUGAUACUGUAUUACUGCCCUCGCUUAAAGGAAAUCCCUUCUUGUAUAGCCCAAAGUUCAACCCUUCAGGUGAUUGAGGUCAGUGAUUGUCCACGUGUCUUUGAUUCGGUAAAGGAAAUUCAUGAAACGCAGAUGGAUUAUGGAAAUGAAGAUCUACGGAUAUAUCUCGACCAGGAACAACUAACAAAAGAGAACUAUGAGGUACUUCAAAGCGAAUACACCUACUAAAGGAAUCUUCAAUUGAUUCGAGUAAGUCUCUUUUCAUCAAGAAGAAAAUUUCUCCAAAUAUAAAUUGUUAUUACUAUUGAUGCUCAUGGCUGCUUUAAAAACACGAGUUUUUUAACUUGUGGUUAACAAUUAAUACAUAGGAUAUCGUAUCAUGUACUUGUUCUAUACAGUCAUAUUACAAGUAGUAGCAUAUCUAUCUCCGAGAUAUUAGUUCUGCAUGAUUGUGUACAGUUAAUUUAGCAAAUAAGACUAUAAAGUUUUGGAUGAGAAAGAGUUUAUAAUCAUUUGAGAAUGUUAAUUUAUAUACUCUUUUCGUUCAGAAUUGAUUAUCCAGUUUAAAUUUUUAUUUUUAAUUCAAAAUAUAUAAAAAAUAAAAAUCAAAAUAGGAUAACCAUUUUGGGACAGAUGAAUUAUUACAAAAGGGGGCACAUUAACCCGCAAAA